ACCCAACCACAGAUUGCAACACUAGCACAGCAAAUGGAAGCAGUGUGUCCUGAUCAGUACAAUCUUGGUAAACCUUGGGAGCCGUAUACAGUUCAGCAUUGUGGGCAGGUUUCCAUGGCAGCUGCACAUGCAACAUCCUCACCUCCCACGGUGACUUUGGUUCAACUUCCUAAUGGGCAAACAGUUCAAGUACAUGGGGUUAUUCAAGCUGCACAGCCAUCUGUCAUCCAGUCCCCGCAAGUGCAGACAGUACAAAUAUCAACAAUUGCAGAGAGUGAAGACUCACAAGAAUCUGUUGAUAGUGUUACAGAUUCGCAGAAACGCAGAGAAAUUUUGUCAAGACGACCAUCCUACAGAAAAAUUUUAAAUGACCUUUCUUCAGAUGCACCUGGGGUACCAAGAAUUGAAGAAGAAAAAUCUGAAGAGGAGACUUCUGCUCCUGCCAUCACAACAGUAACAGUACCAACACCCAUCUACCAAACCAGCAGUGGCCAGUACAUUGCCAUUACUCAGGGAGGAGCAAUACAGCUAGCGAACAAUGGUACAGAUGGAGUUCAGGGUCUUCAGACAUUAACAAUGGCAAACACAGCAGCAACUCAGCCUGGAACUACAAUACUACAGUAUGCACAGACAACAGAUGGACAGCAGAUACUUGUUCCCAGCAACCAAGUUGUUGUUCAAGCUGCCUCGGGAGAUGUACAAACUUACCAGAUUCGCACAGCACCAACCAGCACAAUUGCACCAGGAGUUGUUAUGGCAUCCUCUCCAGCACUCCCUGCCCAACCCGCUGAAGAGGCAGCACGUAAAAGAGAAGUGAGGCUUAUGAAGAACAGGGAAGCAGCAAGAGAGUGUCGUCGGAAAAAGAAAGAAUAUGUAAAAUGCCUGGAGAACAGAGUAGCUGUCCUCGAAAACCAAAACAAGACACUGAUUGAAGAACUGAAAGCACUUAAAGACCUUUAUUGCCAUAAAUCUGACUAA